GCAGACUUAGAGUCGGUCGUUCGCGACCUGAUUCGAGAGUACCGCGACGUCUUUCCCCCGUAUUUCUCAUACAGCGGGAUCCCCCCGAUGCGCGGUGUUGAGCAUUCUAUCCAGCUCGUGCCUGACUAUCGUGUUCACCAUCAAGCAUCGUACCCACUCUCGAUCCGAGAGGCGACGGAACUCAAGCGUCAGCUUGAGGAGCUCCUUCGACUGGGUUUCAUUAAACCCAGUAACUCCCCUUGGGGUGCACCUGUCCUCUUUGCUCGCAAAGCGGACGAAACUCUCCGCCUCUACAUCGACUAUCGCGGCCUUAACCGUUACACGGUUAAGAACAACUAUACCAUGCCCCGCGCGGAUGAGUUGUUUGACCGUCUGGCAGACAACCGUUUUUUCACGAAGAUCGAUCUUCGUAGCGGUUAUCACCAGAUUCGCGUUGCCACAAAGGAUCAGCCGAAAACCGCCUCUCGAUCGCGCUUCAGCCACUACGAGUUCACGGUGAUGCCAUUCGGCCUCACCAAUGCACCCGCCACCUUCCAGACGGCGAUGAACGACAUCUUCAGGGACAUCCUUGAAGAAUACGUUCUCGUAUACCUGGACGACAUCCUGGUCUACAGUCGUACCUUAGAAGACCAUCUCAGACACCUCCACGAUGUCCUACAGCGCUUACACAAGCAUGGCUUCUAUGCCAAGCUCAGUAAGUGCCGCUUUGCCCAGCGCAAAGUGGACUUCCUAGGACACCAUGUGUCUGACCAGGGUCUCCGCAUGGACGACGGAAAGAUCACUGCUAUUGCAGAGUGGCCCGUCCCUACAUCUGCCAAGCAGCUUCGCAGUUUCCUAGGCCUCACCAGCUACUAUAGUAAUUUUAUCCAGGGAUACGUUAGGUAUUCCUACGUCCUUACCUCUACCCUCCUCCGGAAGAACCCGCCGUGGUUUUGGACACCCCUGUGCGAGGACGCCUUUCACGCCCUCAAGAAGGUGGUGACCUGUGCACCGAUUCUUCGCCUUCCCGAUUUUGAUCGUCCCUUUAUCGUCACCACCGAUGCGUCAGAUUUUGCAGUAGGAGUUGUCCUUUCUCAGGUGUUUCCCUCUCCUCCAGAUUCACCUUACCCCCAUGUUCCUCCUUCCCCCCCCCCUCCUGCUGACACUGCUUCUCGACUGACGCCUACCCUCCCACCACUUUCCUCCACUGACAGUCCUCCUGUUACUUACUCCCCGACCAUCGCGGAGGAUGGGACUGUCGAGGCUCGUGCUGGGGAUUGCCGGAUCGCUUUCUACUCCCGUCAGCUAUUGUCUGCCGAGAUAAACUACACUGUCGAUGAACGUGAGGUUCUCGCAGUAGUUUAUGCUACCCGACAUUGGCGUCAUUAUCUGCACGAGGCGCCCUUCACGGUGCGCACGGACAACUCAGUUGUCAAGGCUUUCCUCACGAAGCCUAAGUUUUCCCCUCGACAGGCACGCUGGUGGCGUGACUUAUCCAAGUUCAGUUUCACCACUCAACCCAUCAAGGGUGAAACGAACCGUGUCGCCGAUGCCUUGUCCCGCCGUCCUGAUCACAAUCAGGAACCCAUCCAGCUUGCUGCCAUCUCCAUCACCACUGUUGAUCAGUCGGUGAUCGAUGCGUAUCGCACUCAGUACCGCCACUGCCCCGAUUAUCGCGUCAUCCACGCCACACUGCGGAGUGGCAAGACCGUUCCUUCCUACUCCCUCGGGGAGAACGGCCUCGUGUACUGGCAUGGUAGAUCUGGUCAGCUAGAACCACGUAUCUGCGUUCCCUCCACCGGGCAGCUCCGCGUCCAGGCUGUAGCUGAGUUCCAUGACCAGGCAACUGCCGGUCAUAUGGGUUUCCACAAGACGUUGGUUCGUGUUUGCCGCCUAUACGUCUGGCCGAAGUCCAAGGACUUUGUCAAAGCCUACAUCCAGGAGUGUCCUACCUGUCAGGAGGUGAACAGUGUGAACCACCUUCCGUAUGGGUUACUUCAGCCCCUACCCAUACCUGAAGGUCGUUGGCAGUCCAUCUCGAUGGAUUUCAUUGGUCCCCUCCGCCCACCCACUCAGCGUGGUCAUGAUGCUAUCUUGGUCGUCGUCGAUCGCUUCACGAAGCGUGCACGUUUUGUUCCGUGCCGCUAUCGCAUUAGCGCUCGUGAGGUCGCCGACGUCGUCUUCGACCGAGUCGUGAGAGAUCACGGCUUACCUCAGAGCAUCAUCUCCGACCGUGACCCGCGCUUUACCAGCACAUUAUGGCGACGCCUACACGAGGUGUACGGAUCCCAGCUCCCUUCUCAUCGUCUUACCACCCUCAGACGGAUGGUCAGACUGAGGUCACCAACAAAACUCUCGGUAAUAUCCUCCGAAAGUUUGUUAGGGAUGACCAGCGGUGGGACUUACCCCAUGCGGAGAUUGCGUACAACCACGCUGUUUCGCCAGCCACGGGGAUGUCGCCAUUUUGUUGCGACCUCGGCUACCACCCUCGCGUACCCGCGGAUUUCCUAUGAUCAUCGCGGUUGCGCCAAGACACUCGUUGCCCUGCGCUUGACGAUUGGAUCGCUCACAUGGCGGCGAUUAUGAAGCGCGCACACGAGAGUUUAGCCGACUCCCAUACUCGCAUGGCCGCACGA